AUGAAUGUUCAGGAAAGGGGAAUCGAUGGCCUUGUGAGCGAAGCGUCAUCGCUAGCAAACCAGGAACUGCUCCGUAAAAAAGGAUACGAGGAGCUGGCUAGGAUUGAACACAGCACUAUAACGGAUAAACAUGGAAAGCAGAUUAUAAACUGUGAUGAUGGUACCACUGCAAUGAUCCUCUUCUUCAAACGCAUCAAUAGCUUCACAAAAUAUCAGCACACCCAUGUUUAUUUCUUGAGUCUACAUACACCACUUUUUUUUGAUAAUAUCCACGAUUUCAUGGGGUGA